ACCAGCGACACUUGACACGCACGCGCCACACGCCGCCGCUCUCUGUCUCUGUCUCGGUCUCGGUCUCCGCCUCCCGCGCCGCGGCCACGCCAUGGCCGCUGCCGGCAGGGACCCGCCGGCGACGCCAUCCUCCAACUAGCAAGAUUCCAACAGAGAAUAUUCGGGACAACCUCAUCCAGAAAUCUGGCGGACGGCGCCAUCCCACCUCCGCACGCGCGGUGACUAGGGUUAGCGCGAGCAGGGGCGAGUUGGCGGCGGGAGUGCGCUAGCCGGCGGCGGCCGCGUCGUCGCCCAUCCUCCCGCGAACCCAGCCGGCGGCAACCCUCGGCGGUCGCUGCUCACCCUCGGCUUUUGUCUGGUUGGGCCUUUCCUCGGUGAUAAUGUUGGCUCGCCUCCGUUGGUCGAAAUCUCCGGAAUGUAUUACUGCAGGCAAAGGAAGGCUUCUUCUGAGGUCAAUGCCAAUGUGUUUGUGCCUGGGGGUCAGAAUGGUAUUUCAUUUCCUGCAUCAAAUAGGGCUCAUGAUUGGGGAUAUGGCGGUGUUCGCGAAGAAUGGGAAGCUAGUUAUGCUCGCAAACUCCAGUUGAUCAAUUUUCUUUCUUCACUGCAUCAACGCACUGCAAAUUCUUUGAUAACCACUAGAAUGGAUGCUAACAUGGACACUCCUUUGGAGCAAAAACAAAAGGACAGCUCAGCAAUAAUAGUUCUUGAUUCCGAUGAUGAGGACGAAGCAGAAAGAUGUGAACAGCUCGCAUCUGAGAACAAUAAACAACAGGCACCAUCUGGACCCACUAGUCCUUGCACAACAUGGAUUGUAUCCAGUGCGAAAGACCAAGUAAAUGGAACCUUGCAUGUUGAUGGAGUCCAAAGCACUCAAAUUGUUCCAUAUGGUCAAAAUGCACCUUUAAUAAAUCAGUCCCCUUUGCAAACCAGCUGGCAACCAUCUAUCCAAUAUGAAAGGGUUAUAUUGCAGAGAAGACCUGAGGAGCAACGCGUUCAAGAUCUUGUGGCAGCAAGCCAUGCAGAGAAGAUAGCAGAAACACAAGUUUUCCUUACUCUGCCUACUCUUCCUAAUGAGAGAAAACGAAGGAAAUCAGAACCGACCACCCUGGUAGAUGGAGAUGGUGGAACUAACCUAGGGAAAGGAAAAAGGAAAAAUCAUCAAAAUCAAGCAGCAGUUGAUUCAAUCUUGGAUUUGCAACAAACUGUUGUUCCUUUGCAACAAAAUGAUGUUCCUUCACAAAGCUACAGGACUAUGAUAGAAGAGGAGAAACCUGUAAAAGAAAGUGAUGGUCUCGAGGAUCUUUGGAAAGAUUUUUCAUUGGCUGCUGAAUGUACAAAGCUUGAUACAAAUGAAGACAUGUCCAAUGAAAAAGAUGUGGAUGAUGAAAACGAGAUGGAUGACGAUUGCAAUCAUGACAUUCGGAUUCAUGAAGAUCUAGGCCAUGUAUGCCGUAUUUGUGGCAUGAUUGUUAGAAAGGCUGAAACAAUAAUUGAUUAUCAGUGGAAAAAGGCUUCAAGGACAAGAACAAAUUACUAUGAAUCACGUUCAAAGGAUGCUGAUGAUAUUGAUACUGGUGCUGUUAAAGUUUCUGAAGAUUUCAUUGUCUCUGAUAUUGCCAUUCAUCCAAGACAUGCGAAGCAAAUGAGACCACAUCAGUUGGAAGGAUUCAGCUUCCUGGUCAAGAAUCUAGUUGGAGACAAACCUGGAGGUUGUAUUCUAGCUCAUGCUCCUGGUUCAGGGAAGACAUUUAUGCUCAUAAGUUUCAUUCAAAGCUUCUUAGCAAAGUAUCCUUCUGCAAGGCCCCUCGUAGUGCUUCCGAAAGGGAUUUUAGGUACUUGGAAGAGGGAGUUUCAGCGGUGGCAAGUGGAGGACAUACCACUAUAUGAUUUCUAUUCUGUUAAGGCUGAUAAAAGAACAGAGCAACUGGAAGUCCUCAAAUCUUGGGAAGCCCGGAUGAGCAUACUAUUUCUUGGAUACAAGCAGUUCUCACGAAUCAUCUGUGGUGAUGGAGAUGGAAACAUUGCAGCUGCGUGCCGGGACAGGCUGCUUAUGGUCCCCAACCUACUUAUACUAGACGAGGGUCAUACACCAAGAAAUCGGGAAACAGAUGUACUGGCAUCACUAAAAAGAGUCCAAACACCACGCAAAGUGGUCCUGUCUGGUACACUUUUCCAGAAUCAUGUUUCGGAAGUGUUUAACAUCUUGGACCUCGUGCGCCCUAAGUUUCUCAAGAUGGAAUCAUCCCGUCCUAUCGCUAGACGUAUAAUGAGUCAGGUAGCAAUAUCAGGUAUCAGGAGUUUAAAAGGGGUUCAUGACAGUGCAUUCACUGAGUCAGUAGAAGACACCCUGCUGAAUGAUGACAACUUCACUAGAAAGUCUCAUGUUAUUAGAAGUCUUAGAGAAUUAACAAAAGAUGUGCUUCACUAUUACAAGGGUGAUAUCUUAGAUGAACUACCUGGCCUAGUGGAUUUUAGUGUGUUCUUGAAACUCAGUACCAAGCAGAAAGAAAUUGUUCACAAGAUAGAAGCCUAUGAAAAGUUCAAAAGAAGUGCGGUGGGGACUGCAUUGUACAUUCAUCCCUGCCUGUCAGAAAUUUCAGAGGGUGAUGCUGCAGAUAGGGCGACCAACUUGACAGAUGCCACUGUUGACAGCUUGAUUGAGUCUAUCAUCAUUAAAGAUGGGGUGAAAGCCAAGUUUUUCUUUAACAUUCUGUCUCUUGCUAACUCUGCAGGAGAGAAGUUGCUUGCCUUCAGUCAAUAUAUACUUCCCAUGAAAUUUUUGGAAAGGUUGUUGGUUAAGAGGCUGGGCUGGCAUGUAGGGAAGGAGAUUUUCAUGAUAUCUGGUGAUACUAGUGCAGACGACAGAGAAGUGGCGAUGGAUCAGUUUAACAACUCUGCCGAUGCAAAAGUUUUGUUUGGUUCCAUCAAGGCCUGUGGAGAGGGAAUCUCCCUUGUUGGUGCAUCGAGAGUCAUCAUUCUAGAUGUUCAUUUGAACCCAUCUGUCACCCGUCAAGCAAUUGGACGUGCAUUCAGGCCCGGACAGCAGAAGAAAGUGUUUGUGUACAGGCUUGUUGCUGCUGAUUCUCCAGAGGUGAAGUUCCAUGAAACUGCGUUCAAGAAAGAAGUUAUACCAAAGCUAUGGUUUGAAUGGAGUGAGCUCUGCACUACUGAAGACUUCAAACUGAAUCAAGUUGAUAUUGAUGACUCUGAAGAUGAACUAUUGGAGGCUAAUGCUAUUCGCCAGGAUAUCAAGGCUUUGUAUAGAAGGUAACAAGCUGUAUGUGGCUGCUGUAUACCAUGUACAUAAUGCAAUGCUGAUCUUUCUGGAUGAUCAUUGCUGUGAAGGUGUGGCAGUAGCCCCUUCUAGUGCCGGCGUUCCCUUCAUGCUAGGAUUUUUCGUUAACCUCCGUCAUUUCCCUACCUGUUUUGAACCACUGUCCGAUUUGUAACAUGUGCCAGCUUGGUGCAGCGGUUAGCGUGCUGAUCCUAGUCUCAUUUCUUACUGAAAAUCUCCAGGAUUAAUAACUAUGGUUUCUGCCGUUCCUGCUUGCGGCAACAACUUAAAUAAUGCCACUGUUUCCUGACGUGUCUUUGUGCACUCAAUUGCUCUUCGAAUUUUCCCGUUGUUCUAGGGUAAAGAUAAUUUCUUUCUGUGCAUAAUAGAAUGCAGGUCUUUCAUCGUGCA